AUGUGUUCGGACAGACGGGAGUCCAACGGGGACCGGGACCGCGAGGCCGAGGACGGCGACGACUACGAGGAGGACGGCGACGGCGCCGCGAGAGCCCUGGCCGGCCCGAAGUCCGACCACUGGAACGGAUACUACGACUUCCUGAUCAACGAGGGAAGUUACAAGUUCUGGGCCGUAUUUCAGCUUGCCACCGCCGCUCUGCUGAUAUACAGCGGUUUCGCGGCCCUCUACUACGCCAAGGUGAAUCCCCCCAACGCCGACGACUACGAGGACUACUUCCUGCGCAGACGGAGGUCGGCGCCCGCGGAGGCUUCCCUCUUCCUCGGCCUCGGUCCCGAGGCCUUCCAGAGGAUCCUCGAGGCGGUCGAGAGGGAGUCCUAA